AUGAUAUUUGCUUUAAUCUGUCUUUCACUUGUAGCAAUAUCGCACUGUGGCCCCUCUCCCGUGCUUAGGUGGGACUACAGUGAGCUAAAUGGACCUAAAACGUGGGCGAAAACAUUCACUUUUUAUUGUGGCGGAAAAAGGCAAUCUCCCAUUGACAUUAAUACCAAAAGUGUUAUGAAGAUGACUAAUCAAAAACCACUGUUGGUAAACACAAAACCUCUUAUCAUCAAUGCUACUUUAAUUAAUACUGGAGCACUUCUCGUCAUGGAUGUUAAGCAUAAGGAAGAAACACCUACCAUAAAAGGAGGAGGUCUACCAAGUGCCUACAAAUUAACUAAGAUGACUUUCAACUGGGGAAAAACCAACAAGAAAGGUUCUGAACAUCUCAUUGACGGAAAGGCCUCUGCCUUAGAAAUGAAGUUGGUAUUUGUCAAAGGAGAGCACAAAUCCAAAAAAGAAGCUCUAGCCGAUCCCACUGGUCUUGCUAUAGUUUCUAUUUUAUGGGACGUCAUGAGUCAUAAUGAUGAGCUUGAGAAUAUUAUAAAAAUGGUGAAUAAAGUUCGUUUUCAAGGUGAAAGCACAAUUGUACCAUCAAUCAAUCUUGGCAAACUGAUGCCAGACUUAAACAAUUUCUACAGAUACAAAGGUUCUAUCCCAGUUCCCCCGUGCACCGAAAAUGUUGCCUGGACCAUACCUACGAAAAAAAUGUAUCUAUCUGCUAAACAACUGAAUACUUUAAGAGGAAUUUACUCGUCACCCAAAGACAGCAAAAAGAUGCUCCAGAUGUUUGGCAAUGUCAGAGAGCCACAAGAUCUCAACAAUAGACCGGUGUAUUUGUAUGCCUAUACUCCAGAAGUCAAAUCAAGCCCUUAA